CUAGCAGUUUGGGAGAAAACAUCGCAUCAUCUGAACAUUAGAAACAUCGCAUCAUCUGAACUUUAGACCGAACCGAUUAUUGGUCGGUGUUAGUCCGGCGGUCUCCGGGAUCACGGUCGCAUUAAACGGCGUAAACUCUGCGACUACGCUGUCGGUCCGGUUCCGGUUCAGCUCGACUCUUGUCCACUGAGCUGAACAUGUGUGAGGAGCAGACAGUGUCUCUGGUCGAUGUCCUGGAGGAAGAUGAAGAGUUGGAGGAAGAAGCUUCAGCUGUGUUGGCAGGAAGCGACUCUGACCACUGCUCAUACCCUCAGGGCUACGUGAAGCGCCAGGCUCUAUACGCCUGUAGCACUUGUACACCAAAGGGAGGCGAGGCGGCCGGAGUCUGUUUGGCCUGUUCAUACAAAUGUCACGAAGGUCACGACCUCUUUGAACUCUACACCAAGAGGAACUUUCGCUGUGACUGUGGAAAUGGGAAGUUCUCAGACCUUCAGUGUAAACUUCAUCCUGAGAAGGACGAGGUCAACUCUCUGAAUAAAUACAGCCACAACUUCUUUGGAGUUUACUGCACCUGCAGCCGGCCGUACCCCGACCCAGAGGACCAGGUGGAGGACGAGAUGAUUCAGUGUGUGGUGUGUGAGGACUGGCUGCACGGUAGGCACCUGGGCUGCGCGGUUCCAGACUGUGUGGAGUUACAGGAGAUGAUCUGUGAGUCCUGUAUGAAAAAGAACCCGUUCCUGUGGACGUACGCUGCUCACCUGGCAGUCCCAGGUGCUGCAGCAGAAGUGAAGGAGGAAACUGUAACAGAAGAGACAAACACAAUUGUCCCGAACAAAGAGGAAAAGGUUGAUGAGGCCACGGAGCCCAGCUGUAAGAGGAGCCGCGAGGAGGCGGCGCCGAGCUGCAGGUUAAAGGAACUGCAGGCGAUUGGUCAGAAAAGAGUCCAGUCAGGAGCCGUGUUCUGGCCGUCAACAUGGCGCUCCAAACUGUGCUCCUGCAGCACCUGCCAGGAGCGUCUGUCUGACGCCAGCCUGUCCUUCCUGCUGGACGAGUCGGACACCGUCCUGGCUUAUGAAAACAAAGGAAAGAACAAUGAACAGAGACAACAGGGACACGACCCUCUGAUGUCAGCCCUGGACAACCUGAACCGAGUUCAGCAGCUGGAGAUCAUCCACGGGUACAAUGACAUGAAAACUGAACUGAAGGACUACCUGCAGAGAUUUGCAGCUGAGGGAAAGGUUGUGACUCCUGAUGACAUACGUCAGUUCUUUGAGCAACAAAGUCGUAAAAGACGUCGCGUGGAUUCUGGGAGCUUCUUCUCCUCCUGAUCACAUCUGACAUCUGAACUUGCGGCAACUCAACUCUGGCUUUUCUGGUCUCACGCUGACCUUUGACCUCUGAUUUCCAUUUGACCUUUGUCAGAUUUGACGGGAUUGUCCUACGUUGAUUUUAAUCCCUGUGAAGUUUGUCAUUUCCUGUCAGCUAGCCAGGUGUUUAUAGACUUUCUGGACAUUUUUAGAGAAGUUUAUAUCUCCCUUUGUGCGAAGCUUGUUUAUAAUGUUGUGUGUUUCAGGUCACCAGUGUUAAAUUCUGUUAGAGUCAUAUUUGUGUUUUCUUUUUAAAGAAAAUGAAUAAAAGUGAAUCAUGAAUAGUUAA